GUGGGUUCGGCGACCGCCUGGGAUAUUACUUAUCCAUCGCCGCACUAGCGAAGACCCUUACGCAGCAGAGCAGCCAGCACCGUGUCCAGAAUUUCACGGUAGAAGAAGGGGAAAGAACGCCGGAAGUUCCGGACGAUGUUGGAGGUGGAGCAUCUAGAGAAAUAGAGUACAAGGCUGUUAGUUUUUGGGCAGGUGGGUUGUGGAUGCCUACGGUUGGGCACAGCUACAAUUUAUGUGAAGACAAUGAGGACCUAGCACUUGUUAGUUGUAGACAACAUGCAGAGUAGGACCUAGAAGUAUGACCUAGGAGAUGAACGUGAAGCAGUCGUGCCUUCUCAUCACUUUCAAUUCAAAAUUCGAGGAAGAACCUGAUAGAAGUGGUAAAACUAAGUACUCGAAAACUGAAAAUAACCGAGUUACUGAUUGAAAUGUGGGAGGUAGGUUAACAUCAAGGCUACUCUUCCAUCUCAUCAGUAUCUCGCUUAUUUUCACUAGUUACUCGCAUAUUUCAGUUUAUCGAAUAACUAGAGUAAGUAGUGCUGCCGCUUGUCUCAAGUGUCGUCUUUCAUGUUCUAUCACCGCAACGCGACGCAAAGGUCGUCAUCUCGCAUUUCCGCUUUUCGAUGCAGACUCGUUCUUUUCACUAGUAGAACGCGUACCAGACGAACUAAUCUUAUUGAAAAAUCGAGUUGAAUUUCUGAAAUUCUUUGAUCGAUACAACAAGCGGGAAAAGUCCAGAAGUACAACCAGUACUAGAGGAGUAGAAGAGAUGUCAAUUAACAAUCAACACUUGUGGUCUUCAACCACUACCGGCGCAUGUGAAGUAGGGUACAUUGAUCUCUUUGCGCAGCAGAAGGAGAUGACAAGAAAAGAGGAUCUUCCGAAGGAGAUGAAAAGCCCCGAGGACAACGAGAGUUUCAAAUGCCGCCGAAGCACACGGACACGAAGUUCAACAGAAGCAAUAUCUACUUCCUGUGAAGAUGAAAGUGAAAGAACCCAAACAAUGCAAAUGCGGAUUAAGAAGUGGAUAGCAGAGUAUG